AUGGACCGCCGGCGUCGACGGCGGGCGCGGGCGACGUCGGCGCGCGCGACGGCGGUCGUCGUCGCGCUGGUGACGCUGACGCGGGCGAGCGCGGUGCGAGGUGGGAUCAUCGCGAAGGCGCUGGCGAAACCGGUGAAGGUGGCGUUCAGGGAGGCGCGCGAGGCGCGCGCGCGGGGGGAGGCGCCGACGCGUCGGUUGGCGCGAUGGCUCGACGCGGCGUUCGGCGAUCGAUUACCGGGUGUAGACGGCGAUGUGGGGACGCCGAGGGUGCGAACGAUCGCGACGGCGGCGGAAUCGAUCGAUUUCGAGGGCGUGGGGGAGAAUUUCGAGGGUGUGGGGACGUUCGAGGCGAGCGAUAGGGACGCGGAGACGGACUCGAGCGAAGACGCCGAGCGGUGGGAUCGAGGCGGCGAGAACGAGCACGAUGCCGUCGAGAGCGAGGAAAUGGCUCUCGAGAGCGAUGGUGCGGGUGAGGGCAUGCGCUUACUCGCGCCAGAGACGUUUGAAGACGUUAUUGUGAGCGGCGACCGCGCGCGUUGGGUCGUCGCGGCGUGCGCGCGCUCGUCGCCCACCUGUCGUGCACUCGCCCCCGAGCUCGCCAUUCUCGCUGUGGAUAGCGCGUUUACUUCCGAUGAGAACGACGGCGCGAGUUUCGGCGUGGCUUGGGUGGAUUGCUCUCCAGAGAGCGCUCGCGCGUGGUGCCGCAAACGUCUUGGCGUGAAAGCCGUGCCGCGCGUUUUGGCCAUCGCGAACGGCGUCGAACGUGCGUACGAGGGCGAGCUCAGAGGCGCAAAUAUCAUUCGAAAUAUACGUGCGUUCGCGCUCGCGUUCGCGAAGGGCGAAGGGAGUUGCGACGCCGACGCGAGUGUAGCCGGCGGUUAA